UUUAUCACGCAGACUGUUAGAUAUAGUGCGAAGGAGUUGACGUCGAGUAGUUCACUUAUAAUUAGUGAUUAAUAAUAUUAUUAGUUUUUUAAGUAUUAAAUCAUUAUUUAUAAUACAUAUUUUUUAUAUACAUACAGUAUAUAUAUAUUAUUCGCAUAUACUUCUUGUUUUUAUUGUUAAUUUUUAGGUAAGACAAAUCCAAAAUAAUUGACAUGCAUUUUCAAUGUCUGACUACUGGAAUUAUUUGACAAAUGCUGAUAAUAAUCAAUGGAGUUGAGCAAUGUUCAACAAUUAUUACUGAUACUAAACCGUAUCAAAACAAAAAAAAACAUCCUAUAAAAACAAUUAAGGAUGGUGUUACUGGUGCGAGGCGUAGUUCAGGACGAACCACCACCGGACACGAGGACUCUAUACCUCAACCAUCCAGUACUCCGAGAUUCCGCAUCACAACUGCUCACCAUCUCCACAAAAGUCGUCGGGCCUAUAGGGCUCCUUUACGUGUGUCAACGGGAGAUGGCCGUGACCGUGCCGCAUGACAAAAACGUGUCGAUCAUUGGUUCCGACGAUGUUACCACUUGCAUCAUUCUCGUACUCCGACAUACCGGUUCCGGUGCUGUGGGAUUUGCUCAUCUAGACGGUUCGUGUACCGAGGAAUGUGUGGUGAACAUGGUGCACAGGAUCCAAGAGCUGUCCAUGGGAUUCCCAGACGGUCGACUGGAAAUGUCUCUGAUUGGCGGAUUCACUCAUGUAUUGCGUUAUGGCGAACAAGUGUUUUAUAGUCUGAUGGUUGCUGUUCACAAACAUCAAACCGAAAUCGAACUUGUGCUCGCGUGUGUUGGAGAACUCAACACCAUAAUGCGGAACAACGUCCACUGGCCGUUGCUUUACGGAGCGGGAGUUAUGGUCAAGAGCGGUGAAGUGUUUCCGGCCAACUUUCCUGACAAAGGACCCGAACAACCUCUGAGAUUAGCUCGGCUGUUCACAGGCCUGCAACCGGUGUUGGACGUGUACGACUGUAGCUUGGGUCUCUUGAGAAUCGGACCGUUCAACUACGAGCCCAUGAGAAGUGUCGACUUGUGGCUCCAGCAGUCCGAUGAAUUCAUCCUGCAAGCUUUGUCGACUACGCCCGACGUAGAACCACCGCACACAGUCAUGGCCAUACGAGCCUCUCUAAAAUACGUCCAAGAUCAUCCGUUUCCAGCGGUUACGGUGUUCAGGGAUAAUCGACCGUUAUACUACAGACGAGAUGAACACUCUGGCACGUGGACUCCAUUUCGCUAUUAAAGAAAUAGGAACCUCUAACUCGACAAUCUAACGAUACAACGAAAGUGCCAAAUCAAUGUUUGUACGGCGUCGACGAUUUGGUAACAUUCAAAUUUAAAAUAUCAUUGACAAAAAAUUACAAGUGUUAGUUUUUUUAAUAU